GCCGCCAACACACGCGUCCAUCUUAUUACUUUCAGUUCCUUUAUUAUCCAGAUACAAAAAUCGAUCGGGAUGACACACGUCGGUUGCACGAUGUCGCGGCCGGAUCGCUCGCUUUUCCUCGCACCCGUAAUUUUCUAGCGUACACGAGUUCGGUCGCGCUGCCAUGGUUCCACAGGAACGCGUGACUCACGACCUACAUUCGUCCCGCGUGACACCUUUUGCACGCACGCCUUUAACAUUUAUUGCUUGUAAAUAGAGAAACUCCUGGUCUCCGCGUUCUGCGGAUCUCGAAAUCGAUUCGCGACUCGGCAACGAUGCAAUAAACGCUCGCGAAACCCGAUCGUUCGAUUCUCUUUCCCUCUGCUUCGAUUUUUGCUUUUCGAGGAAAUUGGAGUUGGAGGAAAUUGUUGAUUUAUUGGACGGUUGAAAUAACAAGAUUGCGUAGAUGAGUUUCGAGCCGACAAAGGUUUAUACACGAUAGCCUCGAUGCGGCGUCGAUUGCACGCGAUGUAGGAUUUCUACACGGGAAUAAGAAAGGUACACUAGCGUUUAAAAGUAUUUCAACGCUUAUACGUUCCUUAUAAAUUUAUCACAAAUUUAUCAUAAAUGUAUAGAUCGGAAAAUAAGAAACGUAUUAAAGAUACAAGUAUUACAAAUUCCUUUUUUUAAUUCCGACAAUUCUAUAUUUAAAAUUUCUUAAACGCGGCAUACAUACUUCAACUUUCAUAGUCACGCCAACAAUUUCUGAUAUUUUGUAAAUUACCAAGACCCGUCGUACUAUGCAACAAAGCACGAAGUAGACGUUCCAAGCGAGUCGUGCAAUCUUCAGCAACCCGAAAGCAACAGUGAAUUCUAACCACAUCCACGGAAAUAUCUUCGUAGCGCUUUCUCACCAUUAGCAAAUUCCUACCAUUCUACAUUCGCUACACCCUGUAUGUAAUAUGUAUAUUACAAUGAUCGUGGCAACGUAAAAAAUCCGAAGCAUGAAUCAACAAAGAGGAACGAGGAAAAUAUUCCAUCGCGACAAGCGUACCCUUCGAGUUUCGCAAUCGGUUCAGCCGGUCGUCCCAUCUAUCCCAAGGAACAAACAACGCGCACCAUUGUGUCUCUAUCCUACUGAGCGUUCUUGUCGAACGCGUGCAAGGAUAUGUAGGUGGUUAACUGAGCGGUUGGCGGUGUAUCAGGAGAGCAGACAGGUAGAAAGGGAGCGGAACAAAGCGGAACGAAGAAAGAGGUCUAAGCGAACAAACAAGAGAGGAAGGAGAGAUGGGUGCGAGAGAGGACGAGGGGCGGAACGUGGAAACGAAGAGAAAGAGAGAAAGAAAGAAGGAUGGUGGGGUUGGUACGAGCGACUCAAGCACGUGGAGCCUACUCCGUGUGUCUCGUUCAGUAGUGCUCUCGGUUGCCUUCGAACGAUUUCGCACCGGAUGUCCAUCGAGCUUGUUCGACGUAUCCAGCGCAGCACCUUCGGUCAAACGUAAAAAAAUCGAUCAAAAUCAUCGAGAAUGUGAUCCGUUCGUCGUGACUGUUACUUACACCAGACAUCGUCAACGUAAUCGAAGAUCGAAGGCUGGUUUAGCGAUGGCUUCCGUACCGAAAAUUCUUCUCACGUGUGCUUUCUUUAUUUUACCGACCGCCAUCGCCUCCAUCGAACACACGGCCAACGAUCAUCGCGACUUUACCAAUCACAGACUCACCUGGCCGGUCUGGCCGUACCACGAGAAAUUCACACGAUCUCGACACGAACACGACGAUAGGACUUUCCAACAACAGGGUACCGUCAACAAUUGGAUUCGCAACGAUCUGUUCGAAAGAAGCAGUUCGACAAUCGCACCACUGCAAACAACUGCGAGUGGGGUCAGACAUCGCGUGGAGCAACACGUUUACGAGCAACGAACCUCGAAACCGGAGAAAUUCAGCGCGGUCGCGGUUGCCGACUACACCGGCACCAGAGCCAUCGCUUACGCCGGUUAUCACAACAAUCAUCGUCACCAGCCGAGGGAAGUGGUCACACAGGGCUACCAGCAUCACACGACCACUCCGGCUACUUAUACCAGGCAUCAUCCUGGGAGACGAGUUUGUACCAGAUCAGUUCCCAACUCUGUCAAUCAUCAUCAUCGAAAUGGACAAAUUAGGUAUAUUAAUGUUAUUAAUGUUAAGACCGAUUCAUCUUCCGUUUUCUUGUGCUGUCCUGGAUGGACACAGGCGACUCGCUUGAGUUUUGGAUGUAAUAAACCUACUUGCCCUUCCCCGUGCUUAAACGGAGGUGUGUGUACCUCUCCUGGCAGGUGCACGUGUCCCAAAGGAUUUACCGGCAACCAGUGCCAGACAGACAUCGACGAGUGCGUGACAGAGAAGCCCUGCGAUCAACUUUGCAGAAACCUACCCGGAACCUACGAGUGCCACUGCAGACCCGGUUUUCAACUACAAAAAGACGGCCAGUCCUGUCGAAAGAAUAUCACCGAAGAUACGGCGUUCGAGGCUCGAGACUUGGAGAAUGAUUUCCACGAAACAACAAUGACGAAGCGUCCGGCGAUCUCGUCGCAUGAUACGGAAAACGAGGUGACUGACGAUGACCUCGAUCAGGACUAUGAGAUUAUACUGAAAAGGCUUACCAAACUCGAAAAGCAAUUCGCAAAAGGGAAGAAGAGAGAUACAGAAACGACGGACAUGACUGUCAAAGUUGCGUCUGUGGUUGAAACUAUUAACGAAAUGAAGAGAUCUAUCGAAAAUGUGCAACUCAUGCAGCAGGAGAUAUAUCAAAUGAGGAGCAAAUUGAGAGAAUACGAAUUAGAGAGAAGAAAAAUGCAACAUUUAACAAGUAGAGUGGUGGAACUGGAAAAUCGUUUAAGAUUACGUUGCAGAUCAGCGAUACCAAUGAACAGUGGCUCGAUGAAGUUUUAACAUCGCUAUAGCGAAAGAAAAGUGUCAAAAACAUUGGACAUUGUCCAUAGAUGUAAUAUUUAUGUGAGAAAAUUGCAUACUAUCACUGCCAUCUCUUUAGCUUUU